AUGACUUCCGAUUAUAAGACGUCCAAGGAGGCAUUCGUCUCAGGAAUGACGGGGUCGAGCAUAGGUCACAUUAAUAUGGUCUCUUCGGUGGCUCUUUCAUCCGUAGCACUCUAUUAUGCGUUUCGCACUCGUAUUCCGUGGUCCAAGACAUACCAAUUUACGACAGAAUUCUCAUUAUUGGUGGUACCAUUGCUAUGUUCCGUGACACUUUUUGCAAAUACCCCUGGCGUGCUCUCUCUAUGCAUGUCGAUUGCUGGCGGACUAUCAUUACUACUCCCUCGACUAGAAACUGGGAUACCCUUACCAUCUAGUUUGCAUCCCAGCCGCGCGUCUUCUCCUCAGUGCAAGCGUGGAACGGACCCGUCCCAAGAGUAUGAGGCAACACAAAAUACCCCUGUAGCACCGCUUCCUGCACUAACGACGUAUCGUGCGCACAUGCUGCUCUUGACAUUUCUGUGCAUUCUCGCUGUGGAUUUCCCUAUCUUUCCACGUUCUCUAGCGAAAUGCGAGACAUUUGGUGCGUCCUUGAUGGACGUGGGGGUCGGCUCCUUUGUCUUUUCCUCCGGUAUUGUGUCUGCAAUACCGCUCAUCAAGACUCCGUCAUACCUUUCCGAACCCUUGAUACCGAAAGUUAUAGUAGUCACUCGCAAAUGUGCUCCUCUCAUGCUACUGGGCGUAUUGAGGACGCUCUCCGUCAAAGGUGUAGAAUACCCCGAACAUCAGUCGGAAUAUGGCGUUCACUGGAACUUCUUCUUUACUCUUGCCUUCGUCCCGAUAUUGCAAGUCUUGCUCCAUCCUUUGAUGCUGCGCCUGCCCAUAUCCCUGCUCGGAGUUCUGGUGUCCCUCUUUCAGCAGCUCAUCCUUUCUGCUGGUUUAAUGGGAUUUGUUCUGACCUCGCCUCGCGUCGGCUUGAUCGGCGCUAACAAAGAAGGUAUCGUAUCUUUGACCGGCUACCUUGCCAUAUACUUAUUGGGUAUCUCGACGGGCACUGUUGUCCUCCCGCCGUCCCCGUCCUACUUCCGGCGACGACAGCAGCAACUUACCCAAGUUCACUCCAAUGCUGGCCGCAAAGCCAAGUACAGUAGUGAUUCAGACAGUGACGAAAGUGGUGUCGAUCGUCGAGGACUGCCUCGCAGACUGCCCGUCCCGUAUAUGCGAGAGAAUGACAAGACCGCGAUUGAGCUGUCGUCGUAUGCCGUAGUUUGGUGGGUCUUAUUCGCCGUCGCAAAAGCGUUCGGGAUCGGAGGAGGUAUCUCUCGCCGAGUGGUCAAUCUCCAAUACAUUAUCUGGGUGUCAGCUUAUAACACCAGUUUCCUGUUGGGGUACAUCCUACUGGACCUGAUAUUCUUCCCUUCUCCGUUUUCGAAAUCCACAUACUCCCCGACCUCCAAGCUCAAGGUUCAUCCGGACCCAGGGCUCCUAGAUAAGCGGAAGAAUAAGCCCGAGUUAACGGAGACCCCCCCAGCGUUGUUCGAAGCUGUCAACCGGAACGGGCUGGUACUUUUCCUCCUGGCGAACUUUGCUACGGGACUUAUAAACCUCUCCUUGCCCACGAUGUACAUGUCCGAUUGGCUUGCGAUGGUUGUCCUCUCAGUCUACAUGCUCAGUAUUUGUUCCGUGGCGUGGUGGUGUAGGAACAGAAGGAUACUCAAAUUGUGA